CAUUGCGCCAACAUCCCGUAUAGUCUGGUCCCCGAUUAAUGAUUUUGGCACAUGUGUAAUCUACAAUACGAUUCUCGUGUUGGUAUUGCAGGUUUCAAUCAUCCUCUUCGUGGGGUGAAUUGUGACCCGGUAUCAAGAUGACGAAACGACGGAAUAGCGUCAUCCCCAACACCCACUUCCGCAAAAACUGGCAGGAGCGUGUGAAGACAUGGUUCGACCAGCCCAUGCGCAAAGCCCGCCGACGCAAGAACCGCGUCAAGAAGGCUCUUAAGAUUGCUCCUCGCCCCGCAUCCGGACCCCUGCGUCCCAUCGUACACUGCCCGACCUUCAGGUACCACACUAAGGUCAGGGGAGGACGAGGCUUCUCUCUGGAAGAACUGAAGGCUGCUGGGAUUUUUAAGCGGUACGCCCCUACCAUUGGUAUCGCCGUGGACCAUCGGAGAAGGAACUCAUCUGUGGAGGGUCUGCAAGCCAACGUCCAACGUCUCAAGGAGUACAAAUCCAAGCUGAUCCUGUUCCCAAGGAAGGCCGGCAAGCCCAUGAAGGGUGAUGCUGAGGAAGCUGAACUGAAGUUGGCCAAGCAGCUGGAGGGUCCCGUCAUGCCCAUCAAGCCGGUCUUCAAGCCGGAGAAAGCCCGCGCCAUCACGGAGGAAGAGAAGAAACACAGCGUGUUCCAGGCCCUGCGUAUGGCGCGCACGGGGGCCAAGCUGGACGGCAUCCGAACCAAGAGACGAAAGGAGAAGGAGGAAGAAGAACGCGAAAAGGCCACUCGCAAGAAGUAGAGAUGAUAAACGUUCAUGCUUGCUCUCCUCAAAGACACACCGUAAUCACCCUUGACCUGGCUUGGGUCCAUUUUUGUUGAGCUGCUAAGCAGAAAUUACUGCUCACCAAAAUUUUUCAGCUAAGCCUAAAUUUGCUGGGAACCAGCUUUGUUGCAUAAAGAUCACAUGACCUUUUGGCUGGUAACCCGUGUUUGCUCAGCAAAAUUUUUGUGCUUAGCAUCUCCAGAAAAUUGGCCUCUGAAUCAAAACUCUCCCGGACCUGCGAUUGUAGGUUUGGAAACCUGUACCUGUUGGAACACGCUAACCUGUAACUUUUGUUAAGGGAAUAAAAAAAGAUCUAAGCCUCAAAACA